UUCGAUUCAAAAUAAAAACGGACACUUUACUGAUCGUUGCUGAUCGUUCCAGAGGAUCUACAUGUCUAAUAUACACUUGGCAACAGUCUCAAAACGAGAUACACUCGAGAUACAAUUUUCUAAAAUAAUUUCUGCAGGUACCAGGAUCACGAUUCGAUCCUAAAUCAAAGAGGAAGAACUUUAACUUUCCUUUAGAAAGGAAUUUUACCAAAAAAUGGUCAGUAUGGACCAGAUGAACGUAGGUGUCACGUAGGUGUAUUGAUCUUUUAAUGAGGACCCAAAAAUGGGUUGAAAGUUCAUUAAUAAAAAUUCAUGGUAAUACCUACGAUCAUUUACCUAUUGGCCAUUUUUCCCCAAAUUUUCCUUAUCUCCUAACUCUCUAAAAAUAUGAAAUUACACAUGGAAGUCUUGCCAACGAUACACGUGGACCUACACUUUCAACCACCUAUAUGAUCAAUUAGUCUAUGAAACAAUAGAAUUUGUAGAGUACACAACCCUAAUCUUUCUCAUUCAAAAUUACUUACACUAAUUGCAUCCAAGUGCACUCAAACCUCCUCAAUUCAAACUUCUUCGUUUCUCAAGGCACUCUGAGAUAAUUGAAUCUCAAUGAAUUAUUAAUUUUUUCACAAAAAUUCAAAUCUCCUAUGUAAUUUGUAGAAAUAUCAAUUAGGACCAUUUGAUUAAGAAAGUUCAUACGAAACGAUCCAAGUGUAUACUAGGCUCAACGGAAGAACGUUUUCGAAUGUGAGAAGCAACGAAAUGGUCCGUCGGAACCGCGUGAUGCGGAUUGGAAACUACCGGCCGGGUGUAAUCGGGCCAAUUCAAGUAGUUCAAUCAUUCAAUUCACGUGUGUGGUUAGGUUGUAUCAGUACGGGGAACGAGAUGCUCGCGUUCACGGGACCACGCGAAACGUCCAACGAUCGUAAUCGUACGCGAACACGUUUUUCAGCCGCACGUGUCGCCGUCGAUUCGCCGUGGGAGUACGGGCCGGAGUACACGUUCCAGGUGAGAGUCAAUUCGACGGCGAUACCCGAAGAGGGUAGCUACGUUAGUAUCCAGCUGAACGUGACUGCGAAAUUGGUAUGCCAGCCGAAAGGAUUCUACGCGUUGAGUUGCCAUUUUCGUGACUCGGAGGCGAACAGUUACGUCUGGCUUGACGGUACACCAGCGGUACCGGUCAACCAAGAAGCCUACGGUUUCAACCAGGAUCAGUUCGAGAUUAAAUUUAACGAGCAAGGAUUGGAGAGUCUGGUGGUGAACGAAAAUAUUCAACCGAGGGAACUGGAUAUGAUUAGGGUGAUCGUUGAUCAACUGAACAUCGGUGUACUCGUUGGAAAGGAUGGAGAAAUGUUCGUAGCGGUGGAAAAUUUUACAAUGGGAGAGUGCGCGACUGCUUUCACCGUGGAUAGAAACGUGAUUGGUUAUCCAUCGCAUAAGAAUCGGGGAUACAUGCUCGGUACCAUGUUCAGUGUGAAGGAUGGUGAAUUGGUGCAGAUUAGGAAGGUUAGGCACCUUCAUAUGUGCACCCACAAAGUGCCCUAUUUUUUUGGAAGCGCAGAGAGCUUCAGACAAGUCAGCGACGUGGUGUCCACUGUUAGUUCAUCAAAGAACGUCAUCAUGCUAACAUCCACGGAGUUCUUAUCGGGUACAACAAACGUUAUAACCACCAACAAAGUAUCCGAAGGAAUGAUGACAACUUUAUACGAGAACAUAAGCCUGAUGUUAGAAUCAAUUCUACCAGCUAAAAGUAAACCAGUCGAGGUGAAAGAUCCCGAACCAGCUAGCAUAUUCAUUGGAAGAUGGUUAAUGGAUAAAUCGUUCGAGGAUGAUUCCUCGAUGGAGAUUUAAAAAAAUGAUUAUGAUGAUUAAAUUCUCAGGAAUUUACACUAUGGGAACAUCGGUGAUAUCCGACGAAAUAUGAUCAAUAUAGUCGUUUUGCCAUUCACCAACUAAUAACGAUAGAUUAUGUAUCACUAUUGUUGUAAAUAGUGUGUAACUGUAUUGUCAUUUGAUUCUGUGAAGAAUAAAGAUACCUUUCGUUUGUAUAAAAAAAAAAA